GUUAAAGAAUGAAAUUAAAGUAUAGUGUACCCACAAACCCCUACAAACCCGUUCUUCUCUGCUAUUUUGUUUGGAACACUGCGUCUUCAACCCGAAGGCUGCGCCACCACCUCAGCCUCCAUCGUCCACGAAUUGGCUAAGAAUACCAAUGGCAUACCGACGGUGCCUCUUGAUAAGAGGGAACCUCGUGGAUCGGAGGUGCCAUCCGUCUUUCAGUUAUGUUCUCCACAGUGACCAGGGGAAGCACGAAAACACCAAUGAAAAAUCAUCUUCAGGAGGGGAUGGUGAUUUUACCCAAACAAGGUCCUUUGGAAGCUCUCUUAAUGGACCAAUGGGUUUUUUUGCACAUUCCCGUGAUAGAUUUCUUUCUCCGUGCUCCAGAUAUGGUUUCUGCCGAUAUAUGUCGACGGUGAAUCAGGGUUCGGAUAAGAUUAGUAGUGACGUAAUGACUGAUGUGGCUGAUGUCCUCACCAACACAACCAUGGAUGCUGUAGUUUCUCAGGCUCCCGUUGUCAAUGAGGUUGCUAUUGCUGCUGCUGAUUCUUUUUUGCCUGUACAGGCCUUGCAGUACGUUAUAGAUGCUGUGCAUUCCUACACUGGCUUAAAUUGGUGGGCAGCCAUAGUUCUAACAACCCUGUUGAUUCGAACCGCUACAGUUCCACUCUUAAUAAAUCAACUUAAGGCCACUUCUAAACUUACGUUAAUGAGGCCUCAUUUGGAAGAGAUAAAGCAACAAAUGGAGGGACUGACUAUGGAUCCCGUAGCUGUUGCUAAAGGUCAGCAGCAGAUGAAGAAACUAUUUAAGGAAUAUGGUGUGAGUCCUUUUACGCCAUUGAAGGGACUCUUUAUCCAAGGGCCUAUUUUUGUUAGUUUUUUUCUUGCGAUAACAAAUAUGGCUGAAAAAGUGCCAUCAUUCAAGCAUGGCGGAGCUUCUUGGUUUAUUGAUCUCUCAACUCCUGAUGCCUUGUACAUUUUUCCAGCUUUGACAGCAUUGUCAUUCUUAAUAACAGUAGAGUGUAAUAUGCAAGAAGGGAUGGAAGGAAAUCCUGUGGCUGGCACCAUGAAAAAUGUCUCUAGGGGUCUUGCUGUUCUUACAGUUCCUUUCACCAUGGGAUUUCCAAAGGCAAUAUUCUGUUACUGGGUUACAUCAAAUUUGUUUUCACUUGUGUAUGGACUUGUGCUUAAAGUUCCUGGUGUAAAGAAAACUUUGGGUAUUCCUGAAAUACCUGUUGCACCACCCACCACCACCAGUGCUCCUCAAUCUCCCUUUUCUAUAUUUCCAGCUCUAAAACAAGCUACAUCAUCAACAACAAAUGGGCAAAGCUCAAUUCCAGAAGAAGCUUCAAAACAUUCAAAUAAAAAAAUAUCUUCUUCUUCUGUUAUUAGUCAAAGGCUUAGAAGUUUAGAGAAACAAGUGAAAGGAAGAAAGAAGAACCAGAAGUGAGGAAAAUUUACAAUAAUCCUAAAUUAAGCCAUCUAUACAUGGAGCAAUUGUGCUCAGAUUUUUGUUAUAUUUUAUGAUCCUGGGAUGAGGGAGAAAUUAGUUUAAACUUUGUUUGCUUAGGAAGUUAAAACUUUUGCUUAUCGUGUUGUCUACACUCGAUUCAUGGGUUUCUCAAUUCUUGUGUAAAACUUGGUCCCUAUCAGACUGGGAGGCCUCAAUAAUUUUGUAUAACUUUUCUUCAAUUUUUCAUAUUCAUUUUAAAAAUUAAUGUGAUCAAAAGAUUGCUAAUAUUAGCCCUUA